AUGGACUCCGCGCCGGCAUCCUCAGAUGCCACGCAGGCGGAGGAGCAUGCCAGCAAAGAGCUGAAGCUGGAGGAUACUCCGAUGACCAAGAUGCCAGAUCCAGAUGCCAGUUCAGAUGCUGCUGUGGCAGCCGACUCCUCAACGCAGACGUGCGGAGCAGAUGCCGCGGAAGGUCCUCAGGAAGAUGUGGCGGGGAUCGAAGCCGAGAUGGAGCCCGACAGGGAGUCAGAUGAGGAGUCCAGCGCUGAGUCGGCAGAGCUGCUGGUGAACAGGCUUCUGACAGACCCGAAUGAGCACCUGUGCCCGAUUCUCCACUCCAUGAUGGAGCAGCCGGCCGUAGCAGAGGACGGCUUCACGUACGAGCGGAUGGCUAUUGAAGAGGCCUUGCGGCAUCGCCGCAGAAGCCCAAAGACCAAUGAGCCCAUGGGGACGAAGGUCAUCCCGAACCAUGACAAGCGGAUUGCAAUCAUUAGCUACAAGGAGCAGACCGUCCUGGAGAUCAUCUCAGUUGCUCCACGGGUCAGCAGCUACUACGCAGGCAAGCUGCUGCAGAAGGCCGAGAGCUUUGUUCGACCCCAGCUCCCGGACCGGGCUGCGCGAGCAACGCUUCUGCAGAUCUUGCGGCUGAAGGCAAGCCGGGUUGCAGAGCAUCGUGGCACUGCGGUCUCCGAACUGUUCAGCAUUCUCAGCAGGGAAGAUUCGGAGACCAUCAUGGGUUUGCUGCAGAAUUUUGAAGCAUAUGGCUUGCGGUCGCACCUGAGUCAGUGCGACGACGGGAUGAUCGCCACACUGCAGGCCGCAGCACGCAUCCCUCCGACCCUGCCGUGCCAUGCCACCCUCGACUGGGAGCAUGCGCGCAGGCUCAUGGCCAAAGCGCAAACCGCUGACGGUGCCCAAGCUUUCUGGCAGUUCGUUUUCCUGAUGAGCACAGGAGAGGAUCCUGGAGCUUGGAUGGAUGCUGCAGCUUUGAUGCUGGUGGCAGUCCAUGACGAAGCCCAAGUGAGUUUGUUAGCUUUGCCGGAUGAUCUGCUCCACAAGGCUCAAGCCUUUCUGCAAGAUGAGCCAGCCAGAUCAGCUCGUGCGAGCGAGCUCUUCGACACUGAGCUGAAUUGGGGCAGCGACCAGGAUCGCACGAAGCUUUGGGUCACGCUGCUCUUCGAGCUAUCCAAGAGAUGCCCGGAAGACACCGUGGCCCGGAGCCUCAUGCUGGAAGCCAUGCAACUCCUCCUGCGGCUGGAGCCUUCAUCCAUCCUGGCACUUGCAAGGCAGCUUGCUGCAGGCGGUCGAGGUGUGGAAGCCGCACAGGUUGGUGUUGCGGCCGCACAAGCCUUUGCAAGUUGCAACAGGCAAGAGGAUGCUCUGCAGUCCUACCUCUUUGCCUACAGCCUGGACCCGAACAACGCGCACGCCUCGCGUGGUGCAGUCACAGAAGCUAGCAGAACAUGCUCCGAGCUGCAGAGGCUGAACAGGGAGCAGCAUGCCACCAUUGCGUCCCAGGGUGCCAGAAUUGCCGCUUUGGAAGACAAGGUGAAGAGCUUGGGUGGCCCGCCGGUGAUCGUUGGCAGCUCACGCUCUAUCCAGACAGGGCCGGGUACAUCCUUAUUCCUUGGCGGGCCGAUCAUCUUCGCUUGGGACAUUUCGCAGGAGGACUUCUCGGGGCUGUCCAAGGGGGAGUGCAGAGAGAGCCCGAGCUUUACGCUGCCAGGGCUUGACAUCAAGGUCUGGAUAAGGUACCAUCCGCAAGGGGAGCAGCGCUCACCCAAUGGAUUUGCAGCUGUUUUCCUGAUGCGAGAUCAGAAGAGCAAGGUCCAGUUUGAGCUGAGCAUGGAUUCAAACUCCUGGAAGUCCGAGAGCUUUGAUCAUCUGCCAUGGAAUGAAGCUGGAGAGGGUCGAGGAACUUGCAACACAUUCUUCCGGCAAGGGCGCUGCAAGAUCCAAGCGACCAUCCAAGCAGUGCGGCUCCACGGCUCCGACGACCUGACCUAUCGCUUCUAG